UACGACUUCACACCAGAACAAAUCGCCGCCGCCGCUAAUGAGGCCCUAGAGCAUCUAAUCGCAGACAGACAAGUCGCAACAGGGCCCCAGUCCCCGAAUCACUGGGACUACCCGCACCAGUACAAGAACCAUGAAGGGUUCAUAUUCAAUUCAGGCUAUAGGCGCAACUACUACGAGUUUCCUCUUCUUGGGCAAGUGGAUGCCGGUAGGCCCCGAGUGUAUACCGGCGGUGAAGCGGGCCCGGAUAGGGUUAUUAUA